AUGCGACGUACUUCGGUGUCGCUUCCGACGAGAAACGUAGCUCACGAUCCUUACGAGAAGGCAGCCAGGUAUUCUACUACGGGCGCUCGAGAAGGCGCCGCCGGCAUCCUGGAGAAAGCAAAGUCCGCCUGGAUGACGCAAAGUCAGCGCGCAAGAUACCUCAAAACGGGGGGUAUCUUGCUCUUCGUUGCCUUUCUUUUUUAUUAUCUAGCACCGUCAGGUGCUAAUGUGUAUAGUGGAGGGAAGCACACGGUCACGACUGAAGUAGGAGGAAGCAAUAAUGGGCAAUCACCUUCAGAUUCUUCUUACGGUACAACGAGAUGCUCGAAAUCUAGCGAUAAAUCGAAACCAAUCGUUCAAUAUGCCCUGAUGAUCGAUGCAGGAAGCACUGGCUCUCGUAUUCAUGUUUACAAAUUUAACAAUUGUGGCCCAACUCCGGAACUCGAGAAGGAAGAGUUCAAGAUGACUGAAAAGAGUGCUGGAGGGCUGAGUUCCUACAAAGAAAAUGCCCAAGGAGCAGCCGAAAGUCUUGAUGUUCUGAUGGAGGUUGCAAUGAAGGAAGUUCCCGAUAAGCUCAAGGGCUGUUCUCCCGUGGCUGUCAAGGCUACCGCUGGCCUUCGAUUGUUACCCCCUGAAAUGGGUGAUGCGAUUUUAGAAGCUGUACGAAAUCGUUUGGAAACUAAAUAUCCGUUCCCGGUUGUUUCUCGGGAAGAGAAUGGCGUCGCUGUGAUGGAAGGAAAAGAUGAGGGAGUGUUCGCCUGGAUCACCACGAACUUCUUGCUUGGAAAUAUUGGUGGGCCAGAAAAAACUAAGACCGCUGCUGUUUUUGAUCUCGGAGGUGGUUCGACCCAAGUAGUCUUCGAACCUACUUUCAAGCUCCCGGAGACAAUGGCACCUGGGGACCACAAGUACAAGCUUCAGUUUGGCGGCAGAGACUUUGAGCUGUACCAACAUUCUCAUCUUGGGUACGGUCUUAUGUCAGCUCGCAAGUCGAUUCACAAGGCUCUCAUCGAGAAUGUACACAAGGCUAAAGCGGAUGAUAGAAGCUGGCUUACUGAACCCAUUACACACCCAUGUAUUGCCCCGGGUUUGACACGUCCUGUCAAAGUCGAGCUUGGAAAGGAUCAUCCCCUUGGAGAGAUAGUGUCCGUCAAUAUGACAGGUCCAUCCUCUGCGGCUCCUGCACAAUGCCGAAAACUCGCUGAGCAAAUUUUGUACAAAGAUGCUGAAUGCAAGGUCGCGCCUUGCUCCUUCAACGGAAUUCAUCAACCAUCUUUGGAGAAGACCUUCACACGAGAGGAUGUAUACACCUUUUCUUACUUUUAUGACCGAACAUACCCUCUCGGCAUGCCUGAAUCUUAUACUUUGAAAGAUUUGCAGCGGUUGACUGAUCAGGUUUGUGGUGGUGCUGAGAGCUGGGACAUUUUCCAGGCCGUUCCAGGUGCUAUCAAAGAGCUCCAGGGUCGACCAGAGCACUGUCUCGAUCUCAAUUUCAUGAUGGCUCUUCUCCACACUGGAUACGAAAUGCCGGUGGACCGAGAGGUCAAGAUCGCCAAAAAGAUCAAGGAUAACGAGCUCGGUUGGUGUCUUGGUGCCAGUUUGCCAUUGCUCAGUCAAAGCUCUGGAUGGAAAUGCCGUGUCACAGAGACCACAAAAUAG